AUGCUGCCCUGGAGACGCAACAAAUUCGUGCUGGUGGAGGACGAGGCCAAGUGCAAGACGAAGAGUCUGAGUCCGGGACUCGCCUACACGUCGCUCCUCUCCAGCUUCCUGCGUUCCUGCCCGGACCUGCUGCCCGACUGGCCGCUGGAGCGCCUGGGCCGCGUGUUCCGCAGCCGGCGCCAGAAAGUGGAGCUCAACAAGGAGGACCCGACCUACACCGUGUGGUACCUGGGCAACGCCGUCACCCUGCACGCCAAGGGCGACGGCUGCACAGACGACGCCGUGGGCAAGAUCUGGGCGCGCUGCGGGCCGGGCGGGGGCACCAAGAUGAAGCUGACGCUGGGGCCUCACGGCAUCCGCAUGCAGCCGUGCGAGCGCGGCGCCUCGGGAGGCUCGGGGGGCUCGGGGGGCCGCCGGCCGGCGCACGCCUACCUGCUGCCGCGCAUCACCUACUGCACCGCGGACGGGCGCCACCCGCGCGUCUUCGCCUGGGUCUAUCGCCACCAGGCGCGCCACAAGGCCGUGGUGCUGCGCUGCCACGCCGUGCUGCUGGCGCGGGCGCACAAGGCGCGCGCCCUGGCCCGCCUGCUCCGCCAGACCGCGCUGGCGGCCUUCAGCGACUUCAAGCGCCUGCAGCGCCAGAGCGACGCGCGCCACGUGCGCCAGCAGCACCUCCGCGCGGGGGGCGCCGCCGCCUCGGUGCCCCGCGCCCCGCUGCGCUGGCUGCUCAACGCCAAGUGCGCCUACCGGCCGCCGCCCGCCGAGCGCGGCCGUGGGGCGCCGCGCCUCAGCAGCAUCCAGGAGGAGGACGAGGAGGAGGACGCAGACGCGGAGGAGCGCGAGCGGCCCGAGGUGCUCAGCCUGGCCCGGGAGCUGAGGACGUGCAGCCUGCGGGGCGCCCCGGCGCAGCCGCCGCCCGCGCAGUCCCGCUGCUGGAAGGCCGGGCCCAGGGAGCGGGCGGGCCAGGCGCGCUGA